AUGCCGUUCUAUAGAAAGCCACGGAAUUUUACUCCCCUGCAUACCAUAGCCGAGAAAAAAUCUAUCAAGAACGGUCUUCAUCACGCCAUAUUUACUUCGAGAUUCGAUAGAUACGUUGGUGAUUGGCACCAUGAUCACAAGCAAGGAAAAGGAUUGUUUCUCACAAUAACUGGAAAAUUAUACGAAGGGGACUGGUUUGAAGGAUUCAGACACGGGCAUGGUACGUUGAGCCAUCGCAUGGAAAAUGGUGUAUUUCGGCUGGACUACCGCGGCGAGUGGGUUCGGGGUAAACCAGAGGGGAUUGGUUGGUGGUGGUAUGAGAAUGGAGACGUAUACUUCGGGUACUGGAAGCGAGGCGAGAGACAUGGCUUCGGCAAGAUGUGGUACGCUGACGGAACGUUCUAUGUCGGGUAUUGGCACAAGAGAUAUAAGGAAGGGCUUGGAAUGUUUGUUCAAAAGAAUGGUAACCGUUACGAAGGCCACUGGGAGGACGACAUCAAGAGCGGCCUGGGUCGCUUCUAUCACAUGCACACAGGGCAGCUGCAGGAGGGCUGCUGGGUCGACGACAUCUGCGUCAAGUCCAAAAUGUCUGACAUUAUCAUCAGACAGUUUUGCGAUCUACCCACAGAGUACCCAAUACCGCCGGAAACACUAGCGGAAUCAAGGAAGAUUCUAGAAGAAAGUGCAAUGUGGCUUCGUCAGAAGGUUGGGAAAAUAGACAAACGCUUGGAAUAUUGUAUCGACCAAAUGGUUUAAUUCGAUGACAAUACCAGAUCAUAAGUAUCAAGUAUAACAUUACAAUAUU